UCCAGCCCUCUGCAGGCAUUUGCCGAGGGCUCCGGGGCGAGCACUCCAUCAGCGGGCGCGUCUGGGCUGGGACAGUGAAAAUGUUUAGUGUCAUCGGCGACAAAUACACGCACAGGGGAUCCCUCUAGGCAGGCUGGUGCGUCCGGGGGCAGGAAGCCAGGAGUGAAGUCGGACAUAAGUGUGUGCACACACAUACGCACGUGUGUGGACUUGAAAGAGAGACUUUAGUUUUGGGUUUUGUUUUGGUUCCUGGGGUGAACUUUCUGUUGAACAUUUUGCCCUGCUAUUUAAUUUUUAAUUUUUUUUUUUGCAUUAAAAAAAAAUUUGAAUAUAAAAAGGGUAAGAAUCGAACCUUUGAAAGACUGAGGCGCGCUGCAGACAGCAGAUGGAUCCCGUGGCCAGCAGCUGUAUGCGGAGCCCCCACCCCCCGGCCCCCGUCUGGGGCUGCCUUCGAAAUCCCCACUCCGAAGGCAGUGGGGCCUCAGGGCUACCCCACUACCCGCCAACCCCGUUCUCCUUCCACCAGAAACCAGACUUCCCGGCAACAGCGACAGCAGCGUACCCCGACUUCUCGGCCUCCUGCCUGGCGGCCACCCCACACAGCCUGCCCCAGGAGGAGCGGGUCUUCACUGAGCAGCACCCCGCCUUCCCACAGCCCCCCGACUGGCACUUCCCUGUCUCAGAGGCCCGGCGUAGGCUCAACCCGGGCCCAACGGGGGGCUCCAGGGAGAUGGGGGCCAGCAGCCCAGGUCUGGUGGACGCCGCGGGAGGCCCAGGAGAGGACUAUGAGGUCCUUGGGAGCACUGCUAAUGAGACGGAGAAGAAGUCAACCAGACGGAAAAAGGAGAGUUCAGACAACCAGGAGAACCGAGGAAAACCGGAGGGCGGCAGCAAGGCCCGCAAGGAGAGGACGGCCUUCACCAAGGAGCAGCUGCGGGAGCUGGAGGCCGAGUUUGCUCACCACAACUACCUGACGCGGCUCCGGAGAUACGAGAUCGCCGUGAACCUGGACCUCUCCGAGAGGCAGGUCAAAGUGUGGUUCCAGAACCGAAGGAUGAAGUGGAAGCGUGUGAAGGGGGGUCAGCCCAUCUCCCCUCAUGGGCAGGACCCCGAGGAUGGGGACUCUGCAGCGUCUCCAAGUUCAGAGUGAGAUUCUCCAUGGAGAAUAAAAGACUGAGGACGGAGCCCCUACCCAGCUCCCCCAGCCCAAUCCCACUGUCACCUUCUUCCACCUACCCCAGGGCAGCCUUUCCACAUCUUGCAGUGACCCUUGGAUAUGAAGCUGCCUAGUGUUUCCGGGAGCCUUGCAGUUUUCCAGAAAGUUCUGUCCAGCAUUGCUGUCUUAGCUACCCCUUUCCCAGGGCCUUUUCUUCCCACAAUUCUUGUGACUCAUUCAGCGGCCAGGUCAGACCUGAGUGAAUCCGGGGAGCAACUCCGGGGACACUCCUUCUUGGGGUCUCUUGGCUGCUGCCCACACCUUCCCCUCCCACCUCCUCCUACAUCGGCCAGGCCUCCUCCAGGUCUGAACACCACCUGGCCUGCUGGGAGAGGAGCCUUGGGACCAGCUGGUGACUCAUGAAAGCUAAUGCUUCACAAGAAAGGAAAUGACUGAGACAGACACACACACACCGAGACCACCUUUCCUUUCUGGGCUCUAUAGCUGAGCCUUUGGGGGCCCUGAGUUGUCCCCAAACCCCUGGGAAAAUCAGUGUGAGGAGGGCUGAGGACAGAAACUCAGCUGCUGCAAAUCAGAAACCAUCCCUGCCUCCGAAUGUGUUGGCUGUUAGGUGGGCAAGUGUAUUAGCACUGGCUGGAAGAAGACAGCGGGGAAAACAUCCUGGUGUACAUCUCUGUGGUCCUGUACAGGCCCGUUCACACUGGCUUAACUUGUGGGGGGGCGGGGGGGAUGAGAAUGGACCCCAGGACACCACCUGCUUUUUCAAAAUUAAUUCAGAAAUACAGCUGGGGCUGUUGAGCAGCGUCCAGAACAAUGGAGCAGGUAUUCCUUUUAAAUCCACAACUUCUGGAUUGAAAAACUAUCCAGAUGCUCGCAUUAUUGAACCGAGGGCUGGAAAGUGUCCCCUGUGUUCUCGGGCUGCUGGGCAAGGGGCUGGAAAUGUUGAACCCGGGAGAGCAAGGUUCCCCAGCUGCAGAGUCCUGUGCUUUCACAAGAUUAACUGCAAAUGGGGACAACAAAGCAACCCCCCUUUUCUCCACGGGAUGCAUUUGAGCCCCUCCGCUGUGUACCACACAAAUGCUACUUUUAUGGGAGGAGCUGCUAAGUUUAUGGGUGUGGACUGCCCAUGUCCUCUGGGGUGACAGUCCAGGACUGAUGGCCGAACAGCCUGGGACAACUGAAGCCUUGGAGAGGGACCCCCUGCCGGCCCCAGCGCUCCAUCUCCCGUACCAGCUGCUGUCGCAGAGGGAGGUCAGCAAGAGUUUGGAUCUCUUGUAUGUAUAUUUAAUCAUUCACUUGUAAAAAGAACCCCACCUCCCCCUCCCAAAAGGACGACUGUGGUGGGAAAUGAUCGCCAAAUGAGAUGGCUGGUUAGAGCAUGCGUAAUUUCUUUCUAAAUCAUACUUCAUCUAUUUUCUUAAGAUUACAUCAAGGUAACUGUGCGAGGUCAAUUCACUUAGUAAGAAAACGCUUGGAAAAAUAAAAUCAAUAAAAGAGCAAAGCGCCCACACCUUUUUCCUUGCGGAGCUAAGAAUCACAGCUCUGUGUGCAAUCCUCCGGUGCGCCUGUGAUGAUGGACCAAUGUGUAGAAGCAACAAAAAGGGGGAGCAGUCAUCUAGAACAAGGUAGCCCCCUUUAGGAUCUUCAGAAUGGGGGCAGGGGUGCAAAUGUAAUGGUUGCCUAAAAAACAAAAAUCUUUCUCCCCAUACAAACUGCAUUGUCUUAUUUCCCAUUGUAAAAUGUUAGCUUUCAGCUUCCUUAUCCUCUGGCUUAUUGAAUAGUCAAAGUUCUGUAUACAAAAGAUGAACUCUUUUGUUAAUAAAGAAAUCUUGACCAUAAA